CCUCCUCAGUCCGGGAGACCAGGAGCCGAACUGGACCGUCCGCGGAGGAUUUUUACCUUCGUGCGUAAAAGCGCCGUGCGUCCCGCGCGCGCCGACGGCACAGGGGGCGCGAGGUUCGCUGUGACUGACCUUUGACAGUGGUCGGUGUCGCCGGCUCACGCAGGACACUUGUAGCUCUCCUGGACACAGUCUGGACCUGGACACGGUCAGGACCUGGAGAAACUGUUAGUUACGUGUAAACACGCGCAGAGCCUCCGUCGUGGAGCGCGGCGGGACUUUAACCAUCGCGGGUUUAUCUCUUUGGACUUUACGCGUCUCUGUCUCCGCACUUCUCGCUUUGGACCGGGAGGAAGAGGAGGAGGAGGAGGGGGGGUCAGGCUACAUGCUGCCCAGUCUCAUCCCAUGAUGGGACACGGCAGCCGUCAUCUGGCGCGAGGAUGAGCCACAGAAGCAGCCCGGCCAGGGCGUACGACUUCCUGCUCAAGUUCCUGCUGGUGGGGGACAGCGACGUCGGGAAGGGCGAGAUCCUGGCGAGCCUGCAGGACGGAGCCACCGAGUCCCCGUACGGCUACAACAUGGGCAUCGACUGCAAGACGACCACCAUCCUCCUGGACGGGAGAAGAGUCAAGCUGCAGCUGUGGGACACGUCUGGUCAGGGACGAUUCUGCACCAUAUUCAGGUCCUAUUCCAGAGGAGCACAGGGAGUUAUUCUGGUGUACGACAUCGCCAACCGCUGGUCCUUUGACGGAAUCGACAGGUGGAUCAAAGAGAUAGACGAGCAUGCCCCGGGGGUGCCUAAGAUCCUGGUGGGGAACCGUCUCCACCUGGCCUACAAGCGUCAGGUGACCACGGAGCAGGCGCAGGUGUAUGCGGAGAAGCUGGGCGUCACCUUCUUCGAGGUCAGUCCCCUGUGCAACUUCAACAUCACCGAGUCGUUCACCGAGCUCGCCCGAAUCGUCCUGAUGAGACACGGCAUGGAGCGUCUGUGGCGGCCCAACAAAGUCUUGAGUCUUCAGGACCUCUGCUGUCGCUCCAUUGUCUCCUGCACCCCAGUCCACCUGGUGGAUAAACUCCCCCUCCCGCUGGCUCUCAAGUCCCACCUGAAGUCCUUCUCCAUGGCCAAUGGACUCAACGCCCGUAUGAUGCACGGACGCUCCUACUCCGUCACCGCCAGUGCCGCCCACCACGGCGCCACAAAGAGGACCGGAGGGACGCUGCUGAAAAAACCCAAACUGAUCCGGCCUCCGUCCCUCAGCCCGGCUGCACAGAGCUGCAGAAACAGCUGCAAAAUAUCUUAACAGUAAACGCGCCGCCACGGGUUUUCAAGAUGUAAGGGGAUUCAUGACGCGAGCAACUCGUGUGUUUUGAGGCUGAGAAGCUGCUGACCACGUUUGACCCUCUGCUGCUUAAUGAGCAGCAGAAAAAGAGGAAGUGGAAUUCAAAAUAAAAGCUAUCAGCAGUUUGACUUACCCACAGGAACACAGAGAGCGGAAGUCCUGCCGGUUUGCAAGUUCGCCAAUGUUCAUCAGUCUCAGCCGGGAGGUGUAUUUUCUCAUAGAGCGUUAGGGUCUUUUUUAAAGGCUCAAACAUAAUACUUGAGUUUAGGGGUCUUCACAAGUCUGAAGUGCUGUACCUGAUCUGAAAUGGAAAAUCUAGCUGAGCCCGACGGGCAUACUGUAAAUCCAAAAAUAGAAGCCUUUAUUCAAUUAAUGGCCAAGUCCACAGGGACCAACUUUAUUAUUUCCCGGGGGGUGUCCAACAUAGCUGUGUUGGUGGCGGUUGUAAAUCACAUCUUGUCACACUGUUUAACUGCUGCCGUUGAUUGGAAACUGUAUUCAAACUUAAGUUUUUAGUUCACGCUGGAGAGUCUGUCUGUCCCCGGUCCCAAGCUUCAGCCAGAAAAGACAAAAUACUACGGAAUAUAAAAAAUAUCAGAGGAAACCACGAAGUACGGCUUACC